UCGAAUCAAAGGUGAUCCGGGAAUUAUGCCAGCUGUAUGGGUGCACAAAGACCCAUACGACGUCAUAUCACCCUCAAGGAAACGGCUGCUGCGAGAGGUUUAACCAAACCCUGUUGGGGCUCUUAGGGACCUUGGAUCAACGGAAGCAGAGUGAUUGGGUGAGUGCUCUACCGAACCUCUUACAAGCUUAUAAUAACAGCAUUCAUAGUACGACGGGGUAUGCCCCCACUUAUCUGAUGUUCGGUAGGCAUGUGCGGAUGCCGACGGACCUGGUCCUGGGAGCGGCCGCGGGCCAGGAGGAAGGAAGCGUGACGGAAUGGGUGGGGCGCCACCACCAACGGCUGCACUUCGCCUACGAGCAGGUAUCCCAGAAAAUACGGGCCACAGGAGAAAAGAACAAGCGGUUGUACGACCGGACGGCCCGGGAAGCCCCCUUGUUACCAGGAGAGAGAGUCCUGGUACGAGACAACCGGCGGCAAGGCAAAGGAAAGUUGAGCGACCGUUGGGAGGCCACCCCGUACGUAGUCUGCAGGCAGCAGAGACCGGGCCAGCCGGUGUAUACCAUCCGGCCGGAAGGAAAGGCCGGCCCGGAACGGGUGGUACACCGAAACAUGAUUCGCCCUUGUCCAAAUUAUCCCGAGGUCACGGAGGAGGUAGUUGCGGAGCCGGCACCGACGGCCCCCUGGAUGGAAGGAUGGGCUGUGGUACCAGGCUUACCUGUGGUGGCACCACCCCCGGCCGCCCCAGGAGAGCCAGAACUAGCACCUGAGCCAGUUGAACCCCCGGCCGCCCAGAGGCAGCCAGGAUCAGCACCAGAGCCAGCCGAACCUCUGGCCGCCCAAAGACAACCUGAGGUUGUGCCCGAGCCCGCCGAACCUGACUCCCCUGUAAGGCGCUCCCAACGGGAGAACCGCGGCCGGCCCCCUUCCCGCUAUGGUGAGUGGACUACUCAAAGGCAUUCCAGGGACUGGAAUGUAUUGGCGGGGGAGGAUGUCACGGGGUGACGACUUUUCAGGGCGGAACCAAAAGUUGAGGAAGUUUGGUUCCGCCCGGAUGUUUCCGCCCCGACCGGAAAAAUAGAAACACCGGACAUCCGGCGGCUCCGCGAAGGCUGUAAUCAGCCGAUUGGGCACAGCUGUGCCUAGUUAAAGAGAUCGCUGGGUAAUUGGAUACCUGGAGUGUAAAGAGAAUUACGGUGGACCGGCUGAAUUUAUUGAAUAACCCUUCGGGUAGAAAAGGAACUCUGGUUCAACUAGUAUUUUGGAAGGAGUAAAGCGAGAAGGGAUUUGACCUCGUUGCACAACGUAAACAAAGGCUAUCUGCUGUGAGUAUGUCCGUUGGUGUAGCAUAACUGGCAGAAACUUACCUUGUGUGAUCGUUGGAGUCCUCCAGGAUUAGGAAGGCGGCCCUACCCCUAUAAUUAGCGUGGUGGGCGAGCCGCUAGAAGCAUACGUCCAUACAGCCACAGCAACGCGACUUUGGUCUGGUCGGUUUGCCAACGUCUCUACGUUAGCCCCAAGCACAGUGGAGGAUAUCGGGCGUUUCCCUUGUGGUGUUGCACUUACAGUGUGGUGAGUGAGACUUUACAAAUCAUAAGCUUUUUCACGUUAGAGUGGUGCUGUGUAAUUGCUGUGGGUUGCUGUGUGUCUUGUCAGAGAAGCCCCGCACCAUCUAUUCUCUUCCCUGGGCGGAGGACGGAGGGGCCAACGACCUCAGACCUCAUUGCCAUUAUACGCUGUGUGCUGUUUUAAGAGUACGAAGAGACGCAGACCAAGAGCUGUGAAGGACUGUGAGUAAAAUACUAGAAGCAUUUGUGGUGUAAGCUUACCUGUGUUUGUAUUGUCGCAGAGUCGGAGGCGAAAGGGUCCGCCGCCCCCGUGGUCUCUACGAAAGGGCGCCCCUAUCCGGGAUUCGAUCGGCCUACGGACAGUGGGGAUAGGGCAGCGCUCGACCCGGCGAGGUGGUGUGUGACCUUCGCCCCCCUGCCGACCUACAGAAGAACCAACUGUGAACGUGAUACUUACCCAGAAAGCUGUAAGCAGCGG